UAAAAGCCAACUAACAGCUGGACUGAACAGACUUUGAUCUCCUUUUUUUGCCAUGUCUUGCCCCAAAAAAWCCCGUCUUUGCACCGAUUUCUACCGAAACACCAAGUUAAGAUCCUUGUCUUCAAAGGCACUGAAGUGUAGCCAUGUAUCGGAGAAAAAAGAAAGCGUAUCUAAGGUUCAACAGGGGAAAGUAAGAAAAACAAGGAAAACUUCUAAAAAUCUACGAAAAUCUGGAAUGGAAAAAGUUCAGCCACAUCUUUACAAAACUGUCAACUUUCAAAAACCUUUGGAAGGCUCUUCGUGUAAACUACGUAAGAUUACGACGCUUUUCAACUGCAAACCCUUGCUAAAUGGCCAGUGCUAUGUCAAAGCUGCUCCAGAUGAACUGUUACUUCAGAUAUUCUCAUUUCUUCAAGCUACUGAUCUUUGUAGAGUGGCCCAAGUUUGUUCCAGAUUUGCAGCUAUAUGCCGAGAUGAAUCUCUGUGGAAACAGCUUUACUUUAGAGUAUUUGACAUGGAUAAGCCAUUCGUAAAAACAAAAGAUGGAUUGAUAGUUACAAAAGAACCUGAAUCAGUGUCAUGUUGGAAGGAGAGCUUCAAAAUGCUACGCAAUGUACACCAUGUCUAUCAUGAGAAGACAACAAGUAAAAUGUAUAGAAAGAAUAAUAAUAAGCACCACCAGUCAAUACAAGAAGCCAUCAAUUCUGCCCCUGACAAAAGCUUUAUCAUGGUUCAUGCUGGUGUUUACCAAGAAUCUUUGAUCAUCGGCAAACCUGUAGCGAUCAUUGGGGUAGCAUUUGGUGAUGUUAGUGCAGUGCAGAUAGAGAGCUGUUUGACGACAACAGUCAGCUUUGAAAUGGGUGCAAGAGAAGCACUCUUAGGACAUGUUACUGUCAAGCACACUGUCAACCCAUCAUCCCAGUACAGUAAGAAUGGCUGUAUAGAAAUCAGUGGAGAGUGCAGCCCUCUAGUAUUUCACUGCAAGCUAACAAGCCUGUCGCAUGCUGGAGCAACAGUAUACGUUCAUGGUAAGGGCACCCGGCCUGUCGUAUCCAACUGCUACAUUUCUGAUUCAGAAAAUGUAGGAAUAUUUGUGACCGAUAACGCUCAGGGAUUGUACGAAGACUGUGAGAUAACCAACACAAAGCUAGCAGGUGUUUGGGUUCGAAGUCACGCCAAUCCCAUCAUGAGACGUAACCACAUCCACCAUGGAAGAGAUGUUGGAUUUUUUAUCUUCGAUCAAGGAAUGGGUUACUACGAGAAAAAUGACGUCCACCAUAACCGUAUAGCAGGGUUUGAAGUACGUUCAUGGGCCAAUCCUACUGUUGUUGGGUGUAUUAUACACCAUGGAAUGACGGGAGGCAUUUAUUGUCAUGAUGAUGCUCGAGGAGAAUUCCUAGAGAACAAGAUCCACUCAAACAAGUACGCAGGAAUCUGGAUCACAUCACAAAGCAACCCAACAAUAAAGAAUAAUGAAAUUUUUGAUGGCCAACAAGGAGGAAUUUAUGUGUUUGGAGAAGGAAGAGGUCUUAUAGAGRGUAAUAAUAUUCACGAUAAUGCUCUGGCUGGUAUCCAAAUUCGAACCAAGAGUAACCCAAUCGUUCGAUGUAAUAGAAUACACAGUGGUUUACAUGGAGGAAUAUAUAUCCAUGAGGGUGGCCAGGGUUUGAUAGAAGAAAAUGAAAUCUUUAGUAACACAUUAGCGGGAGUUUGGAUCACGACAGGGAGUUCUCCAACGCUCAGAUACAACCGAAUACACAGCGGAAAACAGGUUGGGGUGUAUUUCUAUGACGGGGGAUGUGGAACGCUAGAAGAAAACGAGAUAUUCAACCAUAAAUACUCUGGAAUACAGAUACGUUCAAACAGCAAUCCCUUAAUUCGACGAAACAAAAUAUGGGGAGGACAAAACGGUGGUGUUCUCGUCUACAACGAAGGAAUGGGUUUACUCGAGGAGAACGAAAUUUUCGAUAACGCAAUGGCCGGUGUGUGGAUCAAGACUGACAGCAAUCCUGUACUGAGGAAGAAUAAGAUUCAUGAUGGACGUGAAGGGGGUGUCUGUAUCUUUAACGGUGGAAAAGGUGUUUUAGAAGAAAAUGAAAUUUUUAGAAACAACUUAACAGGUGUGCUGAUUAGUACCUCGAGCUUCCCUGUGCUCAGAAACAACAGAGUUUACGACGGAGGCGCCGCUGGAAUUGAGAUCACGAACAAUGCAGGAGGUGUGCUGGAAGACAACGAAGUUUUUAACAAUCGUUUUGAUGGCAUUUGUCUCGCCACUGGCGUCAAACCAAAGCUUAAAAAUAAUAAAGUCUACGGCAAUAGAGGUGAAGUCAAGGAUGCUGUAGAUGUUGGGCUGUGCCUUUUUCAAGUUUCUGGUAAUUCCUGCUACCCAAUGCACGAUUUCUACAAGUGUAAUACGUGUGGGACGUCUGACGGCUUUGCUAUCUGUGUCAGCUGUGUGAACAAAUGCCAUCAAGGACACAACGUUAGCUUCGUCAGACAUGACAGAUUUUUCUGCGAUUGUGGAGCCGGGUCUACUGGAAUCAAGUGUCACCUAACUGGUGAAAAAAUCCGGCCAACGGUUUCGUGUAGCUCUAGACAUGCGCAGAGAACAAGUAGAAGCGAAGAAGAACGUGGAAGUGAUGAAUUAUCGUGCAGUUGAUAUAAAUUAACCAAAAUGAAAAUUAUAAUUAGUUGGGGGAAAUAGGUCGAAAGUCAGUUUUUCAACUAGGUUUUUAGUGCUCUCAUUCUAAACUCUCAGCUUCUGACUUCGAAAAUCGAAAAACAAAUCGGAAAUUUUGAAAAACCACCAAAGAAAUCUCAAGCUAAAAAUAAUAAAUAAAUAAAUAAAGGACAUUUAUCUUUUGUGGUGAGUUAGUUAAUAAAAGGGAUUUAAACCGAGAAAAGUGACAAAAACGUGGUCACAUCUGCCGUUUGCGAGAAGAAAGCAUGGAAUGGCCAAUCUUUCAAACUUCAAACCCGUCGUACGGUGAACAUUUUAGCAGAUGCUCGCGUUCAAUAGUGUCUAAAGCAAGGCAAAUAUUCAAGUACCAGCCUCGUACGACUUUUUAUUAGGUAUUAUAUAUUCAAGUUACAUACACAAUUGCCUUUUUUGCGGCCCUUUUUUGCUCGAUAAAUUUUAACAGCUGCGUGAUUUGCUAAAAUAUUAAAUUGAAAACACUAUCAAUAUUUAUUAUCUCUGUCAUAAAAAGUUUAAAUAACAGAACCUUUCAUUACAUUUUUCUUCAUUUUACAUCACUUACACUCCAUUAAACGUCUGAUGUGUGAUGAGUGAACACUAGCAGUUUUUUUCUCGUAAUAUUCGUACGAAAACUUUAUUUAUUAUUAAUUCAGUCGUAAAAGGAGUAAGAUGUUUUCUUUAUUUAACGCAAAAUGGAAUUGAAAUAUUAACAACAUUGUGAUAUUUAUCAAAAAAAGUUAUAGGUGAUAACAGUAUAUUUAUUUUAAAAUAUAAAUCAUCUCUUAUAUGUAAUAAUUUAUACUUAAUUU